AGAAAACUACACGUGUUCAUGAUUCAGUCAGACAGCAAAGGAAAAUCUUUGUUCCUCUUUACAAACUAGUUGAAACUUGAAAAAAACAAAACAAUUGUGGUGGGUUAGUUUUGUAACCUAUGCAUUUCCUGCACACUGUGACAACCAAACAUCAUUCCACCAUUUAAGCAUCUGGGUCCUAGUUUCCUCAUAAUAAAAAGAAAGAAGAAAAGAAAGUAUAAGAAAGAGUGAUCGGGGUUAGUCUUAAUUAUUAAAUAGUUAUGGCUGUCAGUACUGUAAUACUUCACAGACUCCACCUUUAAUUAAAAAACAACUUUAUCAAAAACACUGCUUUGUGUACUGGGCGCGUCUGCAGCUCUAAAACCCUUUUUGGUGAUAAUUCCUUUAUCCAGUGCUUUCAUGAACGCUACGCUGUCAACGUCCAAUGAAUACGCAGUUGACGGAACGGAACAGCUCCGUCAUCUUGACUGCUGAACUACAAGUCGGAGCAGGACGGACCGAGGAUCGCAUAUUUUAACCUCACGCCGAAGACUGCUCUGGACAGCGUGUGCAGUGCUUGAUGGACACUUACCAUCACGACACAAGACUGUUUGGUGGCGAUUAUGCUCUUGACUUUUGUAGUCCGUUUCCUGCUCAACAACAACUUUUGACAAAUCUAGCGCCUAAAGCAGUAUCACAAUCAGGAUAAGGACAGCGCGCACUUUUCCAUCCCAGUGAAAAACAGCAUAGAGACAACUCUAUUUCUCAUGCACUACUCUGAGAAAAUAGCAGACAUGAAACAAAGCAGUGCUCGAACUGUGUGUAUGCCACUGGGAGUUUAAAAACAGAAUUGGGCUAUUAAUACCACGUUGGCAGCCAAAAAUGUUUUAACCCAGAAUCAGGAAUCACAUCUGAAGUGAAUGGACACGUGUUUCUCAUGCCACACAAACACGGGAGUCGUCGCUAGCAGGGAUGUUUAGUCUAACUGAAGUUGCCUCCCUUAAUGACAUCCAGCCGAAGUACCGUAUUCUGAAACCAUGGUGGGAUGUGUUCAUGGAUUAUAUUGGAGUAAUAAUGUUGAUGUUAGCCAUCUUUUCUGGGACUAUGCAGUUAUCCAAAGACCAAGUGGCAUGUCUUCCCAUUCUUGAGAAAUGCACAAACCCUGAGGCAGCACAAAAACGACUAGAAUGUUCCACAUCAGUUCUGGGCACUACACCCUCAACAACCACAGACCUUCCUGACAGCGUUGCACAUGAACUCCUUAACACUCAACCUACCCCCUUAAAAGGAGAAGAUAGGGGGUCUCAACCUCAACCCACAGGACGAAAAACAAAUCUGGACUAUCAGCAGUAUGUUUUUGUCAACCAAAAGUGCUACCAUGAUGCCCUACCCUGGUACAACAAAUACUUCCCUUACCUUGCCCUCAUACACACCAUACUGCUAAUGGUAAGUAGCAAUUUUUGGUUCAAGUACCCAAAGACCAGCUCAAAGAUUGAACACUUUGUUUCCAUUUUGGGGCGGUGCUUUGAAUCACCAUGGACAACAAAAGCUUUGUCUGAAACUGCUUGUGAAGAUUCUGAGGAAAAGCAGAGAUUCACAGGUGGUGUGGUUUUCCAGAAACACUUAUCCUCGGAUGACUGCUGUCAGACUACACCUUUAAUGGAGACUCCAACGGUGCAGUUUCCAACUGAAAAGCUUAUUGCAGAAGCUCCUAGCCUGACCACGUUAGACAAAAAAGAUGGAGAACAAGCCAAAGCUCUUUUUGAGAAAGUGCGAAAAUUUCGAGCUCAUGUAGAAGACAGUGAUUUUAUCUAUAAACUCUACGUGGCUCAGACAGCGAUAAAAGCACUAAAGAUAAUUUUGAUCUUGAGCUAUACAUCAACAUUUGCCUCGAAGAUCCGUUUCCACCAUAUAUGCAAACCUGAAAUUGAAAGUUUGACCGGGUAUGAUCAGUUCUUUUGCACGCACAACAUGGCAUUUAUGUUGAGGAAACUUCUUUUCACUUUUAUGGCUAUGAUAAGUCUCUAUGGACUGGUGUGUUUGUAUACACUCUACUGGCUCUUCAGGAGACCUCUUAAGGAGUACUCUUUUGAAAAAGUCAGAGAGGAAAGUAGCUUUAGUGAUAUUCCUGAUGUCAAAAAUGACUUUGCAUUUCUUCUACACAUGGUUGACCAAUAUGACCAGUUGUACUCCAAACGAUUUGGCGUAUUUCUCUCUGAGGUGAGUGAGAACAAACUACGAGAAAUAAGCCUUAACCAUGAAUGGACGUUCGAAAAACUACGUCAGCAUGUGACCUCAAAUGCUCAGGAUGAACAAGAACUUCACCUCUUUAUGCUGUCGGGACUCCCUAAUGCUGUAUUUGACCUCACCGAUCUGGAAGUCCUCAAGUUAGAGCUUAUUCCUGAGGUCAGGAUUUCAGCCAAGGUUUCUCAGAUGACCAACCUACGAGAACUACAUCUAUAUCACUGCCCCGCUAAAGUCGAACAAACUGCUUUCACUUUUCUCCGCGACCAUCUGCGAUGCCUUCACAUUAAGUUUACUGAUGUAGCAGAAAUCCCACCGUGGAUUUAUCUGUUGAGGAGCCUAAAGGAACUGAACCUGAUUGGGAACUUGAACUCUGAACACAACAAGAUGAUCGGUUUGGAGUCACUUAGAGAUUUGAGACACUUGAGGAUGUUGUACCUCAAAAGCAAUCUCAACAAAAUACCAACUAAUCUAACAGAACUCUCGCCACAUCUCACCAAACUGGUGAUACACAAUGAUGGGACUAAAUUACUGGUACUGAACAGUCUCAAGAAGAUUACGAGCCUGGUUGAUUUGGAGCUCCAGAACUGUGAUUUGGAGAGGAUCCCCCAUGCCAUCUUUAGUUUGGCUAACUUGCAAGAACUGGAUUUGAAGAAUAAUAAUAUCCGGACCAUUGAGGAGAUCAUAAGCUUUCAGCACCUGAGAAGGUUGACGUGCCUCAAGUUAUGGUACAACAAGAUCACUGCCAUUCCACCAUCGAUAGGCCUAGUGAAGAGUCUGGAUUCCCUGGUUAUCUGUCACAAUAAACUAGAGACCCUUCCUCCAGCUUUGUUUAAUCUGCCCAAGCUGAGGCACAUUGACCUCAGCCACAAUUGCAUCUCAAGUAUACCAGUGGAGGUUGGAUACCUUCACAAUCUUCAGCAUUUUGCAAUCACUGGGAACAAGGUAGAGGUUCUGCCUAAUCAACUGUUUAAAUGUUCCAAACUAAAGGUUUUAUGUGUGGGUCAUAACAGCAUCACAUCCAUCCCAGAGGCGAUUGGGCAGUUAGUUCAGCUGUCCCAUCUAGAGUUCAAAGGGAACUACUUAGAUUGCCUUCCAUUCCAGCUUGGUCAGUGUCGCCUUCUUCGGAAAAACCUCCUUUUCGUGGAGGAUCAUCUUUUCGACACACUUCCUCUGGAGGUCAAGGAAAGUAUCAUUAGUGAUUAAUGGACUGAUGGA